AUGGCCGAGGAGGGCGUGGGGGAUGAUGAGGGGCUCGGAGUCGCUGACAUGGAUAGUGAGCGGGGGGAGGAGGUGGAGCAGCAGCAGGAGGAAGGGGAGGAGGACCUCGAGCAGGCAGAUCAAACAGCAAGGCAAGCAGAGGACCAGCAGCCAAAGCAGCAGCAGCAGGAGCAACAGCAGCAACAGCAGGAGCAGCAGCAACCGUCGUCCGCCGCGCCGGCCCCCGCCUCGUCACCGCGCCCGUGGUGGCACCCGCAGCAGCCCCCCUGGCACGGCUGCACCCCGCCGGCCCACGCGGCGGUCGUACCCCCAAGGGAGUUCAUGGCCGGCGUCGCCGCGGCCGCCGCAGCCGCGGCGAGCGGCGGCGCGGGCGCGCAGGGCGCGAAGGCCAAGCCGAGCUUGGACCAGCUACUCCCGAAGAUGCGCACAGUCCGGCUGGCGGGCUGA